AUGGAACACGCUAGAUCCACCAAUGAUUCCAAUGUGGAAGCAUGGCCUGAAAAACAUCAAGAUGACAAGGCCGUCGUGAACACAGCUACUGAAAAGGGAUCGCAAGAUGAAUACCGUCCUACUAAAAGUCAAAGCAAUAUCACUUUGUUCAGUUGUUAUAUGGCCAAUUUCAGUGAUGGACUUCAAAACAAUAUCUCGAACCCUACAAAUGUCAUAUUCAAGGGACUGCUUGGCUCUGAGGCAUUCUCAUCCGCGAUGAAAACUCGCAUCAGCAAUUCUUUAAUCGUCGGAGCCAUUCUGGGAGUUCUGGUAUUCGGAUACACCUCUGAUAUGUACUCUAGAAAAAGUGGUCUUUUGGUCACUGCAUCCUUCGUGGUGAUUGGUACUCUGAUGGCGACAGUCGCUCUCUCAGUUCAUUCUUCUCAGAACAUGUUAUGGUAUUUUGUCAUUGCGCGUGGAAUUUCUGGAUUCGGAGUAGGAGGAGAGUAUCCUCCAAGUGGAGCAGCUGGAAUUGAAGAGUCUGAGGCUUUGAUGAGCAAAUAUCGUGGUCCGAUGUUCGUCUCUUUCACUACUCUCAUGGCUACCCUUGCAGGCCCAAUUCUACAAAUCAUUUACUUGAUUUGUCUUAUUGCCAGUGAUAAUAACCUGACAAUCACUUUUCAUGCCAUAUACUCCAUCGCGACAAUCCUCCCAUUGGGUAUCGUGGCGCUUCGCUUCUUUAUGACGGACUCGACAUUAUUCCACCAAUCCAAUCUGAAGAACAAGCGUCGCUCACCUCGACUCUAUCUCUUGCUUGUUCGUCGUUAUUGGUGGCCAAUGCUCACAACCUCGCUGGCUUACUUCCUUUACGACUUCAUCAACUUCCCUAAUAGCAUCAUGUCGGGUUCUAUCAUCUCAUCCCUUGUCAAGGAUAGCAACAUUCGUCACACAGCUAUCUGGCAAGUCAUCUUGUCUGUUCUACCAGUUCCCGGUGUUCUCAUUGGUGCUUGGUUGACGAACUCAAUUGGUCGACGAAAGACUGGUAUGGUUGGAUUCGCAGGCUGUGCUAUUCUCGGAUUCGUAAUCGGAGGAACCUACUCCAAACUCUCCAAGAACAUCGCUGCCUUUGUUGUUCUCUAUGGAUUGUUGCAGGCGUUCGGACACCUGGGUCCAGGCGCUACCAUUGGAUUGAUUUCUUCUGAAAGUUUCCCCACCGCAGUCCGGGGUAUGGGAUUCGCUGUAGCAACUGCUUUUGGAAGAACGGGUGCCGCGGUCGGAACCCAGUGUUUCACGCCAUUGGAAGAUGCUUAUGGAAAUAGUUCGACGUUCUAUCUCGCUGGUGCGGUUGCCAUUGUUGGUAUUCUCGCAUACUGUCUGUUACCUGAGAGUAGCAAGCUUGAUUUGGCUGAGGAGGAUAGACUUUUGGAGGAGUAUCUCGCUGAGAAUGGAUACAAAAUCGAGGAAUAG